GGCCGUGGACCUCCCCGAAGUCGCGUGACUCUCUGACGGCAUGCUCGAGAAAGUCCCGCAAGCCUUCCUCCUCAAGCACGUAGGCCGUGCCCAUCACGACAUUAAGGUACUGGAGAGUGUUCGAGAUAUUCGCAUGUGGCAUGUCCGCAAGGUUAUCUGGGAUUGCACCUGGGCCAACAUGGACCCACUGGAGAGGAACAGGGGAACGAGAUGCCGGUCUAAGCGUGUAUCACUUGCCGUCCCUGAGGAAUCUGAACAGAGCCUCUUCAGGGACGGCCCGCGACUGAGCAAACUGACAAGGUCCCCAUAUGUCCAUGCGGUGGUCUUGGUGGCCGACAAAAAUAUGUCUGUGAAGCCGACUAGCUUCGCUUCUUCUGAUGGUGAAAAUCUUGUCGUCUCUGACAUCUUCAUCCCAAGGGGGUCUCGCGAAAAUGAACGUCUCUUCCGACUCCUCUAACUUGAAGCGCAUCCCCUUCGACCAGUGCAUCGACC